AUGGACAAAGUGUCACCAACAGAUAGCUCGGUCGAUCCAAUGGAGGGAUGUAUUGGUUUGAAGUCUCCUGGAGAUAGCCAUGACAGUGACAUCUAUUCGCCUGAGAAUGCAGGAUUCAUGCCCACCCUGGAAGGAAUUCCAACAUUUACCUGCAGCUGUUUUAAGCAAUCGCUAGGCGAUCUAGCAAACAUGCUCAUGGUCAUAAUUGUCAUUAUCGAUAGUCUUCUUACCACACUGGAUGUCACAGCAACGUCAACCAAGGGUCCCGUCCAAGACGGAAUGCCUGUCAUGAGCAUUCAAAAUGGAGGUAAAAUAUCAAAAAAUAUGGGUGCCGGUUUCAAGUCUCACAUUGACGCUUGUCCUUUGCUUGUUGGGGGGUUUCCCGUGCCUUCUGAAGAAAAGACUUGUUUUGUCCGACAAAUUCUACAAACACGACUCUCAAUGCUUCUUUUGACUGUGAGACGCAUCCGUGCUUGCAUGGAACAAGAUUUGGCAGCAGCCAUCUCGCGAGGUCGGAUGUUGAUGAUUAUGGAGACAGAUCGUCGGUUGCAGCUCAUCAUGAUGAAGAUCAAAAUGGCUGUAGGAUGA